CUUUCCUCCGCAGCCAAUGUCAAUACAGACAAGAGAUCUUGUUAACACUGUCUAAAGAAGUAUGCGCGUCAUUUGGAUGUAUUCCAACGAUUAUUCAAUCAUAAUGCAAUGGAAUGGCACUUGAGAUGGAACUGCUCCCCGCCGAAUGAAAUGUUGUCUUAACGACGUCACUGCUCUUCUUUGGCAUUCCAUAUCUCUUUUGGUUGUCUAUUUCCUUGGGGUGUCUUGUCUUCAAAAUGUAGGCUAUGAAACUGCCAUAACUGGUUUAUUCCCUACUGAUAUCUACGACACAUGCGUACGCAUAUUUGUUAACUUGGAAUUCUUGGACUAUAACGUGAAAUUAUGGUCUCCACGCGUCAGCAUCCCCAGGAAUUUCCCUCUACGAAGGCAGAAAGACCCUCAACCUCCCCGUCAGGUAGGGGUACUGUCCGGAGAUGGGUUCACACGCCAUCUGUCGUGAUGACUAUAUGGCUCUUGAUCUCCGUACCGCUCGUUCUCUGGGAUGCAGGUUGUAUUCUGCUAGGCCCACAUAGCAUGGCCCAUGACAAGCUUCAUUCGCCUGUUUGGACACCAUAUGUGCUUUAUGGUACCAUUGAUUAUAGUUACGGUUGGCCAGCAUUCAACGCCAGAAAUGGCUUUACCAUCGCACAGACAGUCAUGAAUCUAGUGGAGACAGCAGGAUACAUUUUCUACCUGUAUACUGUGUAUGUGUACGGGGUGUCAACCACAGACUCUGGUCGCGGAUCUAAGAAAGGCGUCGAGGGUCUUCGGUGGUUAUUGAAAUCGGAAAAGGUAGUCUCUGGGCGUGAGGGUGCUAUUGCGCUGCUUGUUGGAUACAGUGUUUCCGUGGUGACUGUUAGCAAGACGACUCUUUACUGGUUAAAUGAAAUUUUCUCCGGAUUUCAGAAUAUCCGACAUACCGAAAUUUCUUCCUUAAUCCUACUGUGGGCUGUACCUAAGUGAGUUCCCCGCACCUUAUACCUUUUGAUCUCUAGCUGCUAUGGCAUAGUUCUUGUUUGGGGUAUCCCACUGACAAGCGAGCGGCAGCGGCUUAUUCCUUCUCUUCCCAAGCUAUAACAUAUACAUCCUUGGCGCAGAGAUUCUGAAAAGUUCGGAAACUGCAAUAAUGUAGUAGGUUUUUGGGGAUUUUGUUCAGAACUCUUCGUGUCUUGACAAGGGAGUGCGCCGCGAGGAUAUUGGACACGAGAGGAUGCAAGCUUUGAACUCAGCGUCUAAGCAAGGGACUGUAUGUUCUGAAAGUUUUAAGGUUCGACAGUGAAAUUGUUUGGAUAGCGUAUACAAGGCUGCAUUUGUCCGUUAACUGGUACUUGUUCCAUCCGCUUUAGUAUUCUC